GAAACAUCGAUUCCCACCUCUAAGCGCGAAGAAAUUGGUUUCUUUUGAUUUUCACCUCGAUCUGCGUCUUAUUUCUGGCCGAGAUUAGGCUAGGCAUCAUCCAUUAUCCACGAUGGCCGAAGGCGACGACUACCUGUUUGCCCUGAUGCUGCACGCCCAGCUGAACGAGGAGGAGGACUAUUCCUACUCUCGCCAGGAAUCGGACCACCAGCUGGCCCUCAAGAUACAGGCGCUGCUCAACGCAUCCGACGACGAGGAGGCAGCGGCGCAGCAGGCGGCGCCUGGCGAUUUAGACAGCAGCUUUCAGUUUGUCUAUCCCUCGAACAACCAGAAGCAGAGCACAAUGAGCAACAAUAAGAAAACUACGAGCAAAAAUCGCGGUGGAGCGGGCAAGGAGCCACCAUACGCUUUGCAGUCCACCUACGAUGAUUAUCUCAAUCAGACGCAGAAUCUGGUGCAUCCGCAGUGGGAGCUGGUCGAUCCCACGCCCGAUAUCUUUGCCAUGUUCCUGCGCUUCGACGAUAAGUUCUUCCAGAAGCGUCUGGGCGCCGUGGCCCUCGAAUGGAGCAAGAAGAUGUACUCCUGCGCGGGAAUUUGCUACCAGCGGGGCAAUCGUUAUGUCAAGGAGGUGACCAUUCGGCUGAGCGAGCCGCUGCUUAAGUUGCGUCCGCGCAAGGAUCUCGUGGAGACGCUGCUGCACGAGAUGAUCCACGCCUAUUGCUUUGUGCUCAACAUUCGCGAGGGCAACGGCGGCCAUGGUCCCAUGUUCAAGCGCAUCAUGGAGACGAUCAACAAGGUGGCUGGGACCAAUAUCACCGUCUAUCACUCCUUCCACGACGAGGUGAACGCUUAUAAGACGCACAUUUGGCGCUGCACGGGCAUCUGUCAGAAUCGCACGCCCUUUCAGGGCUAUGUAAAGCGCACGAGCAACCGGGCACCUGGUCCAAAUGACCAGUGGUGGGCGAAGCAUCAGCGGGAGUGCGGCGGCACCUUCAUGAAGCUGGGGGAGCCUGCAAAACCACCCAAACCCGCCAAGAAGGAGAAGAAGCUGCCCGCUGAGGCUUCCUCCAUGCGCAAUUGGCUGGAUAGGCCACCGGCAGCCAAGAAGCCGGACAAUCUGGAGGGCAAAGGGCCGCCAGCUAAGAAGCCAGCGACUGGCGAGGCUUUGCUGGACAAUAUGGAGGGCAGAGGGCCACCAGCCUGGUUUAUGGAACGCAUUAAGGGCUCCUCCAAGUCGCGUGGUGCCAACAUCAUGAGCUUCGGCGAUCUCAGCAAGAGUGGCGAAGCAGGCAGAGGAUCCUCCUCCUCCUCCCAGAUGAGCGGAGCAGGCUACAGCGUGGGUGGCGCCAGCGAGGUGAUCGAUAUAACCGGCGAUGAGAGUCCCGAUCCCUCGCAACUACGCAAGAUUCGCCUGGAGCGCUUCGAAGGAGGUAAAUCCACCAACCAAAAGCGACGUCGCGGCUCCGAGGAUGAGGGAAUAACCACCUGGGAGUCGUACGACGAGGAUGUGAUGGUCAGGGACGUGCCCACGCCCAUGAUUAACCUGCUGAAUAGCGAUGAUAGCGAUGAGGAGCAGGAGAAGCCAAAGAUCAGGGCCAGAAACACCAUGAGCAGCCAGGAGCGCACGCAGAGCAUCAAGCGCGAGGUGAUGGAGGACGAGGCCAUUUACUCCGAGGACGAGAUCCUCAUGAUCGACGACGAGUACGAUGAAAAUGACGAUAGCCUCACGGCGGCCACCGAGCUGGCCGAUCAGUCGAUUUUAGAUGAUCUCUUUGGCCAGGACACGCUGCUCGAGGAGUUCCAGCUGGAGAACUCCGUGCAGCCGAGCGGAUCGCGCGGAUACUCGAGCAAUGUGGACAACGACAUUGUCUCCUGUCCCAUUUGCUUCGAGAAGAUGAAGCGCACCGAGUUGGGCAAUCAUUUCGAGGGCUGCACCAUCACCGUGCGUGUGGAGCCGCCGUCGUUUAAUAAGAAGAAGCCAGAGGAGUCUAAAGCCUCCAGGAAGAGCUCCUCCUCCUCCAAGCAAACCCUGCGCAACUGCGGCUACACCGAAAAUGAGAUAGCCAAACUGAAUUUGAGCUCCUCCUCCAGCGAGGAUGAGCUAACGCCACGCCAGCGCCGCCAGCGCAAUCUCUUCAAGCAGACCGUCGGCUGCCCCAAGUGCGGCCAGGAGCUGAUGGGCCACCAGCUGGAGGCGCACCGCUCCAUUUGCAAGAAGAGGCGUUAGAAAGUUAAA